AUGGAUCAAUCCUUAGCUCUGAUCGAUGCCCAGGUGCACUUUCUGGAGGAACGCCUGGCAUUGGUGCACAUUCCGCUGGAUCUAUAUCCUUACUUCUUCCAGUCUGUGCUGAGAUUGAUCUUUGAUGAGAUCACGCCGCUGCCAGGACAGACCAAGGAAGAUGAUAGUGGAUCUAAAGGAAACGCUGAUGUUGAUUUUGAUGUCGAUGCAACUUCAGAAAAUGGCUCUGGGUACAAACCGCCUGCGUUCCUCAAUGUCUCAAUAACGCCAGUGGAGGUUUCUGUGAUAUGCCCCCGACGUUUGGUCGAGAAGUACUUUGUGCCUUUCAGACAAAAGUUGGGUGCACUGAAAAAGUCGCUGGACUCUCAGCUCGAUGUCAGCAGCAAUGACUACAUUGCCAUGCAGGUCAUCGGCGAAGGCCUCGAGGCUGGAAAACGAGUUCUGGAAUUAACCAGCCCACUCGCAAUGGCGGGAAUCUCCAUUUUCUUCAUCUCAACCUAUUUCUCAGACUACAUCAUCGUUCCGCUCCACAGCAAGACCAGCGUGGUGUCUGCCCUCGAAAGCAGAGGCUUCCAGUUUGAAAAUGCGACAGCAUCCUUCAUCAACCCCGUCAGCCCAACCUCUCCACGUCCGGAACGGACCCUAAGCGACGCCGCACCCCCCCCCAUCUCCACCCCCAUUAUCGACGAGAGUCUCCGUCUCGUCCAGUGCGCGGCCCAUCACCAAUUCGGAUAUGGCAGUGAAGAGAGCUCCAUGUCCAUCAUCCGCGAUGCCCUUGCAAUAGUUCUCCUCGUUGAUAACCCGCGUUUCCUCUCCUUGACCCAGGCGUCCCUGGACCCUGCCGCCUCCCUUCUGCUUGAGAAACGACUUCUCCCCCGCUUCGCCGAACCCUCAGGUCCACACAAAGACUAUGAAGACGGCUCCGGUCUUCUCCUCGGCUCGAAAGAGAACUACCUCGUACCGAUCAUGCUGGACCUCCGUGAUCUUCCCCUCGAAGCAUCCGGUAUUGUCUGCGGCGUGGCAGGUCGACUCGCCGACGCGGCGGAGGUUCCGCUCUCCAGCAUGGCCUCGAUCAAGGGCACCAGUAAGAGCGUCGACCUGAGUUCCGGCACGAGCAAUAGCAGCAGUGUCAUGGGAGCAGUUCCCGCAUUAUUUGAUUCAUUCGGAACGCGCCUUGCGCUGGGGAGUAACUCUGAUUCAGAAAAGAAGACCUCUAAGGGGUGUCACUCUCUCGCUCCGUGGGCUACGACACAUCAUCUACAGCCAGAUGUUGAUGUCGGGGGAGACGCAGUCGAGAUUAGUUUCUUGAGUACGGCGCGUGCUGGCACGAUUAUUGUCGAAGAGGAUGAGCUGCGUAGGGCGAUUCAUGCGUUAGAGGCAGAGAAGAUGCAGAGCUCUGAGGAAGGUCCCGAGGAAGACGCUGAAAAAUAUGCCGAGAAACAUACCGAACCUAGCUAG